GGCUGGGAAGCGUAGUUCGAGGCGGCGUGCGGCGGCCGCGCGGAGGCGGGACCCCGUGCCCACUGGCUGUCACCCCGGGCCUCCUCACCCCUCCCCUGAAGGUGUCCUCGCCCAGAAUCUGCGUCCCGACCCCGUAACCGCUGUGCAGGCGAGGAGGACCUCAGCCUUGGGACCAAGCUGUGCGGGCUCUUUGGAGAAGCUCGGGGCUACGGAUAGGGUGGGUGGCAAAGGCUCUCCAAGCUCGUGAGGAGCUGUUGGAAAAUAGAAGCAGAGGAACACUUCCUAACUCAUUCUAUGAGGCCAGUAUUACCCUAAUACCAAUACCAGACAAAGAUAUUACAAGGAAGAAAAAUUACAGGUGCGCUGGGGAAGGCGGAACGCGUAGGAGCAGGUGCCCACCAUGGCCGGUCCGCAGCUUUCCGCCGCGGCCUCCAGCCCGCCGUCCCCGCGGAACGGCCUUCCGCAGCCCCUGUGAGGAGGAAGAGGAGGCGGCGGCGGACGAGGCGCCGCCCUCUUGGCGAGCUUCCCGACCUGGCGGCCUCCGCAGGACCCAUGGCUGAUUCCUCGCCCGAGCGGUCCCUGCGGGCAGCCGGACCCCGCACGCCCCGGCCCUCGGCCCCCUCGCCGCCGCCACCGUCGCGCUCGCUCUCCGAGGCCGAGGAGGCCGAGCUGUCGCUGAGCCUGGCGCGCACCAAGACCCGCUCGUACGGCAGCACGGCCAGCGUGCGGGCGCCGCUGGGCGCCGGCGUCAUCGAGCGCCAUGUGGAGCAUCGGGUGCGCCCCGGCGACACGCUGCAGGGCAUCGCGCUCAAGUACGGAGUCUCGAUGGAGCAGAUUAAAAGGGCAAAUAAACUGUUUACCAAUGAUUGUAUAUUUCUGAAGAAAACUUUGAACAUCCCAGUUAUAUCAGAGAAGCCUUUGCUGUUUAAUGGACUUAACUCAAUAGAUUCUCCAGAAAAUGAAACAGUUGAUAGUUUUUCUCAUGAAGAAGACCUGGUAGCGGCUGGGGAAGACCUUUCCUCUCCCAGUCCUCAAGAAUCUGAUGCUCAGCCCAUGCAGCCCGAGGAAGUGUCAGCCAGAGAUUUCCUGCAAAGGCUGGACUUGCAGAUUAAGUUAUCAACACAGGCAGCCAAGAAACUGAAGGAAGAGAGCAGAGAUGAAGAAAGUCUCUUUGCAGCUUCCCUCUAUCACAGUUAGAUGAUCAGGGGACACAAUCUAACCUGGGUUAAGAGAUGGUUAGAUCAUAAAGAAACCAACAACUGAUGAUUCAAAAGCAUCCCUUUUGGAUUCUCAUAGCAUACAUCUUUAAAUCACAAUUAAGUAGUUCCACCUACAGCAAUUGCAAUGAAGUGACUAGCUCCCUCUGGCUUUCUAUGAUUUUCAGUCUUUAUUAUGGCAUGACAGCAAAAUUGUAUCUUAAAGCUCAUCACUUUUGCAAGCGGUGGUAGUUUUUAGACUAGCUUUUGUAAAUACUAGUUGACAUAAAGCCACAAAGACUGUUUACAUAUUCAAGGUAAAAAUGUUUAUUUCCUGAGAAAUCCUAAUUAUGUGAAAAACAUGGUUGCUGUUUAAGUGAUGCUGAUUUUGCUAUGUGUUUAUAACUUAAGUGCUAUAUAUAUAUAUAUUUCGAUAUGUAUUACAUAUUCUGUAUUACUAUAAAGAAACAAAUUUUGUCUGCUAUUUUGUAAAAAUAAACUCCAGAAGUCUGAAUGAGAAAAUAAACUAUGUUUUCAUA